AUGUCAGCCAAAAGAGGUCGUGGUGGUGUCGGAGGUGGUAAAUUUCGUAUUUCACUUGGUUUACCAGUCGGUGCAGUUAUUAAUUGUGCUGAUAAUACAGGUGCAAAAAAUUUAUUUGUUAUUUCAGUUAAAGGUUUUGGUGCACGACUCAAUCGUUUACCAGCUGCUUGUGUUGGUGAUAUGAUUAUUUCAACUAUAAAGAAAGGCAAACCUGAUUUACGUAAAAAGGUUAUGCCUGCCGUCAUCAUCCGACAACGUAAACCAUUUCGUCGAAAGGAUGGUACAUUUAUUUAUUUUGAAGAUAAUGCUGGUGUUAUUGUUAAUAACAAAGGUGAAUUAAAAGGUUCAGCUAUAACAGGACCAGUUGCUAAAGAAUGUGCUGACUUAUGGCCACGUAUUGCUGCCAAUGCUCAAUCUGUGGCUUGA